GACUAUUUCUUCUGGGAUGUGGUUGCUGGCCAAGUAUCUCCUCUUGUCCUCCCCAGUGUUACAUGCCCAGUUAUUACUAUAUCAGACCGAGAGGCUCCUGUUUGUGGAUACUGGGGGCACAGCUGAGAUCUCGUGCACUUCUACAGAUGUUAUUGAUGACAAAGGAAUUUCAUUCAGUUGGUACAGAAGACGAGAUGGUGAAAUAACACGUUUAACUGAGAAUGGCUGUGACAAGACGUCUGGUAAAUUUGUUUGCAAAGCGAAAGGACAGAAGGUGAUGCUGGAAAUCUCCCAUCCUCAAAAGACUGAUUCUGGUCUCUAUUUCUGUAGCAGACAGCUCGAUUUUUCAACAAUGUCUUUCAGCAAUGGGACUUCCCUGAUUGUCGGAGACAGUUACACCCCGAGCACCUGGGUGAUGCUUUUGCUCCCUUCAGCAUCUAAGUCUCUGCACAGCAGCCAUCUCGCUUGCGUGGUCCAUGGAGCAUCCAACUUGGUCCAGGUGUCCUGGAAUAUCUCUGGAGAUCUCCAGCAAGAGGGACGGGUGCUUUUGGUGAAAAACAGCAGCGGCUCCUUAACCUUCAUCAGUCUGCUUUCCGUCCCCAUGGUGGACUCUCAGAACAGCAGGAAGCUCUACACCUGUGAAGUCCGGUUCAACUCUUCCAGCAAGAGUGUGAAGAAGAGUGCCCCGUUCCCUGCAGCUUCCUCUGUGGGUACAGCUUCCUCUGAUCAUAACUGCACAAGCUACAAGAUACCCCUGGCUGUCAUGGUCCUGCUGGCGUUGCUGCUGCUUCUCCUGAGCUUUCUUUGGAUCCGGCUUGGCCCUUCCCGUCUAGGUAAUGGAGACCAAACCAUCAUGGAGACCCAACCAUACUCCUGUCCCUGUGGUGGCUUGCCGCCUGGGGAUUAG